AAAAAGCCGCUGCUUGCCUGAACAACUUUAGCCCCUCGAUUUAUAAAAAUAAAAGCACGUUAUUGUGUCUGGCUCUGAGGAUUUAAAACACUGAGGCCAUUCAGAGAGAACAAAGCAGGUUUCAGAUGCAGGCAAUGAGAGCCCGAAAAGAAGCAGAGCAGCCAGAGCAACCUAGAUUGACUUGAGCUGCUAAAGAGGAGCAGAGAGAGAAGUGGAGGCAGGCGAAGGCAAAGUGGUGGGUGAGCUUACACCCUCAGAAGUAACGCCGUCAGAGGGAGAAGAGAGCCCAGCGGGAAAGAGAAAAGCGAGCGAACAAAAGAGCUGUUAUGAGUUCAUCAGAAGACAGACAGCGCUCCUCCAGGAAGUCUCGGGCUCCUGAUCCCUCACAGCUGUGUGAGGACAUGAAAUCAGAGACAUGCAAAGCGUCAGAAGUCUGUGUGAAGAAAGAGGAGACGCUGGAGCUGAACAUCUUCAACCAUGGAGACGACCUUGACAACCUACCUGAAGAUCUCUCCAUUAAAGUGGAAGAUCCUGACAAGAACGACUACCUCUACUGUGAAGUUUGCAAAUCCUUCUUCUUCAGCAAAUGUGAGGUUCAUGGACCGCCCCUCUUCAUCCCAGAUACUCCUGUUCCCAUGGGAGUUCCUGACCGAGCCAGACAAACUCUUCCUCCUGGGUUAGAAAUCCAGAAGUCCAGUAUUCCUGAUGCAGGCCUGGGAGUGUUUAAUAAGGGGGAGACUGUUCCAAUAGGUGCACACUUCGGACCCUAUCAGGGAGAGCUGGUAAACAGAGCGGAAUCCAGGAACAGUGGAUACUCCUGGGUUAUAUGCAGGAACAUGCAGUGUGAAGAAUACAUAGAUGCCAAAAGAGAGAUGCAUGUGAAUUGGAUGAGGUAUGUGAAUUGUACCCGUAACGAUGAAGAACAGAAUCUUGUGGCAUUUCAGUAUCAAGGGGGAAUUCUGUAUCGUUGCUGUCGACCCAUUAACCCAGGACAGGAGCUCUUGGUGUGGUUUGAAGAGGAGUACACCAAAGAACUUCGUCCUGUACCUACAGGAACAGCCAGACAGCAAGAAGUAAAGGACACUCUGCUGCAGGUGUUUUCCUGCUCCACAUGUCCUCGUUCCUAUGCAUCUCAAAUUGACAUCGACAAACACAUCCAGAGAUGCCAUUACAAACAAUAUGUGAGACUUCGGGAAUCAAGAGAGAUUAAAUAUGAACUUCAAAUCCCCUCCAAAUGCUCCAGUAGUGAGCCCACAUCAACUGAUACUCUCAGUUCUGACACAUCUCAUAAUGAUAUACAGAAGGGAAUUCACCACUGCUCAGACGGUGGAACAAGUUUUGGUCAUCAGAAUGCACUCAAGACAAACCAGCACCUUCACACAGGAGGAAAUCCACAUUACUGCUCCCAGUGUGGAAAGAGUUUUACUCGUCAGAGUCAUCUCCAAAAACACCAGCGUAUUCACACAGGAGAGAAGCCGUAUCACUGCUCACAGUGUGGAAAGAAUUUUACUCAUCAGAGUAAUCUCCAAACACACCAGCGCAUUCACACAGGAGAGAAGCCGUAUCACUGCUCACAGUGUGGAAAGAGUUUUCCUCGUCAGAGUGAUCUCCAAAAACACCAGCGCAUUCAUACAGGAGAGAAGCCAUAUCACUGCUCCCAGUGUGGAAAGAGUUUUACUCACCAGAGUAAUCUGCAAAUACACCAGCGCAUUCACACAGGUGAGAAGCCGUAUCACUGCUCACAGUGUGGAAAGAGUUUUACUCAUCAGAGUAAUCUGCAAACACACCAGCGCAUUCAUACAGGAGAGAAGCCAUAUCACUGCUCACAGUGUGGAAAGAGUUUUACUCGUCAGAGUAAUCUCCAAAAACAUCACCGCAUUCACACAGGAGAGAAGCCAUAUCACUGCUCACAGUGUGGAAAGAGUUUUACUCAGCAGAGUCAUCUCCAACAACACCACCGCAUUCACACAGGAGAGAAGCCAUAUCACUGCUCACAGUGUGGAAAGAGUUUUGCUCAUCAGAGUGAUCUCCAGAAACACCAGCGCAUUCACACAGGAGAGAAGCCGUACCACUGCUCACAGUGUGGAAAGAGUUUUACUCGUCAGAGUGAUCUCCGAAAACACCGGCGCAUUCACACAGGAGAGAAGCCUCAUCACUGCUCACAGUGUGGAAAGACGUUUACUUAUUCUGUUACAUUUAAGACCCACGAGUGCAUCAAGUUAGAGACAUUGCAUGAUUUAAAGUUGUCAAAUUAAAUAUGGUUGAGUUAUUAACCUGAAAAUGACCUGUACUUUGAACUUUAUGACCAUUUUUUAAAAUAUGUAACCUUAGAGAUGUUUAAAAUAAGUGUUUUUGUUGGUUUGUUUUCUUUUUAUCUUAAGUAGUCAUUAAUUACCAUUGUACAAGUGAUGAUUUAACUGCAACACUGUUCGUUGUAGUACUGCAGCAUGAGACUAAUUGUUAAUGGAAUUAUUACUGCUCAGGAGUUUAAUGUACUAUGUUUGAAAGGAAUGUGCAUCAAACCAAAUGAGUAUGUCGUAUUUAAAUGAAGCUAUAUGCAUCAGCCUCGUCUGACUGGCCAAGGAGACGGCGUCAGUUAUUUAUAAUGAUGAUCUCAGCAAUAUACAAAAACCUGAACAAAAAUUCAAUCUGUUCGUAGUUCUUUAUCCUAACAUAUGUCGCAAAAAAAAGUCUCCCCAGUUGAUUUAGCUAAUUUUUUUUUUUUACAGACGCAUGGUCUAUUUUCUAAAUUCCUUUGUGAAUUUGCAUAUUUCAUCUAAAAACCUGGUUGUUUCUUCAGACAAAUAAUUAAUUGCUGGAGAAUUUAAUAUUCUUUUUGAUAACCUGGAAGACCCUCUGAGAACAGCAUCCGUGUUCAUUCUCGAUUCAGUAAAAGUUAAUCAGAAUGUUCUAGGACCCACUCAUAAUGGUGUUCGCACUCCUCAAUCUAAUACUGGCGUUCAUAUUUUUUAUAUAUAUAUAUCGAAAAUGUUAUCACAUUUCCACAGUCUGAAGCUCCCUCAGAUCAUUAUCUCCUCUCAUUUGAAACGUGACUACAAUAUGAGAUAUAAACAAGAAUAUAUGCACCUUGCCACACCAUUACAUCAAAAGUACAUUCACAUCAACUACUGCACAAGGUUGGAUCAAUAGUCUCCCAGAAUUAUCAACGCCAACUGGAUCACCGUCAGACCCCACAGAACUUGAUUGGCCAACUGUAGCUUUGUAACAGAGGAAAGUUCCUCUGAGGUGGAAGUUGUCAGUGCGCAGGUGUCAGUAAUGGUGGACAUAUGAUUUUUAGCUCUGGUCUUAUUUUUAUUUAAGUUGAGCCUGGGUGGUAUACAAAGAUUUCAUAUACCAGCUGUAUCUAUGCUCAGCUUUUAUAGAGUUGUUGGAGUAGAUUUUUGUGGCAAGAAUGUGCUGGUGAUGGAAUUUUAUAGUUCAAAUGUGAAAGUGGUAAAACACUUUUCCCAUCCAAGCUUGAUAUGUCAAAUGAUAUCUGUAUGGACGAAGCAUGGUAUUCUUAAUCAUCGCACUCAAGGAACAUCACAUUUGUCUGGAUCUAAGUGUCUGUAUGGAUGUGGAAGUUAAUCCAGGCCCUGAAAGUGAAACCAGUACAUGGAUGGAGAAAAGUAUUGAGAACAGCAAACUGAUUUUAAAUAUACGAAAAGGGACUUUCUCAGACUCAGAAAAUUGGUAAAAUUGAAACCUGCUCCAGCUGUUUACCACAAUCUCAAAAUGUUCAGUCUGUUCAGAUAUCAAGGUUCCUGAAGAGGCAAUAAGCAUUAUGAGAGUCAGACGAAUUUUACCAAUAACUUGGCCAUAUCAUUUGAAAACAAGCCUAUUCCUGUGGUGCAAACCCUCGGCAGGAUUAUUCCCCGAUAAUUCGCUGGAGGUGUAUCUCUGGCGAACUUGAUACAAAUCACACAAUGGGUGUCUGCUAUUGCAGGAACAUUAAAUACAGAUUUUGCUGUGCCAGAAUAUUUUAUUUACAAACGUUUGCAGUCUCGGCAAAACUAAAAAUAGAGUUAAGUGGUUAUAGCACUCAAAGCCGAUUUGAAUAAGAAUGAUAUUGAUGUAUGCGUAAUAUUGGGGAGACAUAUAAACCAGAUAUGCCGGAUAGUCAACAUGCCAAGCUAUAAGAUAUUUAGAUGGGAGAGAAAUUGGUUCGAGCUGGAUUAUAGGAGUAAAAGUGAAAUCCCCAUUUAUGUGCGACAUAACCUGGAUGUUACUGAUGUCUAUAGAUCUAAACUUGAUGAACUGGUAUGUUUGACUUUAAGAUUACCUUUGGGACAUCAGUUGGUAGUUUAUCGUGUUCAUCAUCUGCCUGAAUAUAACUAUAAAGAAUCUGACUUUAUGAACGAUAUAAUUGAACUUGUGGACAGUGUCUUAGGUUCCCAUUCUGACACGGUUUUUAUUUGCGGUGAUAAUGUGAACAAGAUGGAUAUUAACCAACUGCAACAAUUAUUUGGAUGGAAUGCACUUAUGUUGACUUUCCAAAAAGAGAAACUUUGUGUUUAUAUAAUGUGUUGACUAAUCACAAACACCUUUUUGGAAAAUGCUCUCCUUUGAAUAUGCUAACUAAGACUGAUCAUUCUGAGGUUAUUUUGACAGUGGGGUACAAACUUAAACCAACUCGCUGUCAAGUUUUGAUUCGGGAUUGCCGUGAACGUCACAAGAUCGCUUUUUAUCAAGCUCUUGAGAAUGAAAAUUGGGACCAAAUUUUGUCUGCUUACGAUCUGGAUCAAGUGGUUGAAAGUGGCCAUUAUUUUGGGACAUUUGGAAAGCUGUAUGCUUCAGCGAUCAAUGUCUGUCUUCACAGGAUCCAUUCUGGAUGUCUCCCUUGGUUAAAUUUAUACUCAAAACCAUAAAUAGAAUUUCAGCUUCUAAUAUGCACCAACUUCGGCAUUUGAAAAAUUGUAUUUCCCAUCUCAUAAAUGAGAACAGAAGCACUUGCUCGCAGCUCCAAUAGGUAGCCAUCGGUGGUGGGAGGAAGUCGAGUCACGGUUGCAAUGACGUAUAUCCCUGCUACCAGUAUUGGCCUGGAUAAUGAGAGAUUAGUCCAGCUAAAUGACUACUUUGGAACUUUAUGUACCGAUGACACCUAAAGUUGUGGUCAGAAGUUUACAUACAGUGAUAUGAAUGUCAUCUUGGAUAUGAAUGUCAUGGCAUUAUUUGGACUUUCAGUCAUUUCUUUGAACUGUUCUUUUUUGUGGCAGAAAGAUUGU